AUGGGUUCCGAGGAAGGCGCUCGUCAGGCUUCUUCAUUUUUCUUUGUUUCUAAUUUGUUGUCCUGAAUUAAAUUAGUUUUUUUUUUCUGAAGCACUCGAAGCGGUUGCUGCUGUUUUUCUCGAUUACCAAAAGAUUAUCUCACUGCAUUAUUUUAAACAUAAAAUGUCCUCCAUUGCCCCUGCAGAAGAAAUCGACGAGGCGAAGGAGCGCGCCCAUUUCAGAGCUGUAGUUAACGCUUUUAAGUAUUACAAAUUAUGCAGUCUCGACAGAAUACAUAAAUCCGAAAACAUAAUCUCAAUGCUACCGGCAAAACACCAUAAACGUCUUGAAAAAUACAGAAACUACCUUACAGAGUUCAAGAGAUGCCUAGAUGCAAACAACAGUAUUGUACAUCUAAUUAUAAAGGAUGUAGAUACAAUGUUUGAAAAUGUAGAUCACAGUAUUGAUUUAAUGACCAAUGGGACAGAGAGCUUUGGCUGUAAUUAUAACAAUUGUGAGAUACCAUCGCAGACUCAGCACAAAAUGCAGCAUGAUGUUGAAAAGGUACAAUCAGUUCUGAAAAACAUAGUCAGAGAUUGGAGCGAGGCAGGUGCAGCCGAAAGGGAACAGUGCUACAAACCUAUAUUAGAUGAAUUGGACUAUAGGUAUCCAGUUGAAAAAUUCAGCGAUCGUUCCCACAUCAAAGUCCUGGUUCCAGGAGCUGGACUCGGCAGACUGGCGUGGGAAAUCGCGGCGAAAGGCUAUUGUUGUCAAGGCAACGAAUUUUCUCUCUUCAUGCUGUUUGCUAGCCACUUUAUACUCAAUAAAUGUCCAGAGGCAAAUAAACACACAGUGUACCCCUGGGUGCACCAAUACGUCAACCACCUGACGAGCGAGCACCAGAUCCAGGCAGCUACGUUCCCAGACGUGCCCCCGACGACGAGACAGUCGCACUUCUCCAUCGCCGCCGGGGACUUCCUCAAGGUAUAUACAGAAUUAGACGAAUGGUACUGCGUGGCGACCUGUUUUUUUAUCGACUGUGCGCCGAAUGUUAUUGAAUACAUUGAGAGGAUAUACGCUAUACUGAGGCCGGGCGGUUUCUGGAUCAACCUGGGACCACUGCUGUACCAUUAUAGUGAUAUGCCAAACGAAAUCAGUAUUGAGCCUCCAUAUGAUGUAUUAUUAGACAUAAUAACAGACGUCGGAUUUGAGAUUCGGAAAGAAAAGACUGGCGUUAAAACGAAAUACGCACAGAAUCCCAAUUCGAUGAUGCAACACGAGUACAAUUCAGUAUUUUUCGUCUGCAGGAAGCCAGAGCUAGAAGAUACAUUCUAAUUAUUUUAAUAUACAUUAACAAAGUA